AUGUCUUCUGCUUCAGGAAAUCAAGACAUCCCGCCUACCAUUCCAGAACCUUCAUCCAAUUUUAAAGAGAAUACCGAGAAUUCUAAUUCCAAACUGGAGGAAAUAUCAUCUACUUUUGAAAACCCUACAUUUGUUGAUGAUGAAGAGGAUAAUAACCCAUUUUCACACCAUGGUGAAGGGCUAACUAGUUUUAUGACCGCUAAUAGUUUUAAUGAAGGGCCAAACAUCAAAUCAGAUAAAGGAACCACAAAAGAAAAAGAUAAUAAUAACAACAACAACGAUAACAACAACGACGAAGACGACGAUGACGAAUCCUUACUUUUAUAUAAUACAUCAAACAAUAAUAAUAAGAGCAAUAUCGUUUCUAGGACCAACCCAAUGUUAAAGUCAACAGGAGAAGUUUUCAAGACUGUGAAUAUGAAUUUUGAAAGUAGAGUGACAAAAUUAUUAAAACCAAACACAAAGAUUAAAAUACAAAUUACUGAAGCAGGCAACUCGAAUGAAGGGAUGUCUAAUCUGCUGAAGAAAUAUACUGUUUACACAAUUAAAUUAAUCAAUUUAGAAGAUCCCAAUAAUGACAUUCUAACAAGGAGAAGGUAUAGUGAUUUUGAGAGUAUGAGAGAUGUGUUGACGAAAAUAUUCCCACUUAUUGUUAUCCCACCAAUCCCUCCGAAAAACUAUUUUGAUUUCUCAAUGUUAAAUGGAUUGGUGGGGAGUAAUCAUGAAAAUUCAUCACUGUCAAUUACUGGAUCCAACGGUAAUAGUGGUGGUAGUGGUGGUGGAUCUAAUAUCACAAGUCCUAGAACUUAUUCAUAUAUUAAUUCCACUCAUUUAACCAAAGCAAAACUAAUUGAUCAUCGGAAAAGAUUGUUAACCAAUUUUUUAAAUAAUUGUCUUGAGAUAAAACAAAUACGAAGUUUAGAAUUUUUUGCCAAAUUUUUAGAUCCUAAUGCUAAUUGGGGUGAUGAAAUUGCAUUAAUUCAAAGUCAAUUACCUAAAUCUAUUUAUCUACUGAAUCCAGAGAAUGGAUUGAAAACAGAUCCCAUAUAUUCCAAUCUACCUAAUCCAUCUAACAAAAACACCAUAUCAUUUUUCAAAGAUAAUAAAAAGAAAUUGACGAAAAAAACCAAUAAACUAUUAAGCAAUGGUAAUGAUAGUCAAGAUAUUACGAAUGGUGGUAAUGGUAUCAGUGGUAAUGGUACAAACUCUCAAAGUCAAUACAUUGCUAAUACAUCAAUGUUGGAUGAUAUAAACAAGCGAAUUAUGGAGAAUUACAUUGGGAUAUCCAAUGAUUAUGCAAAGUUAGGUAGUACAUUUAAUUCAUUUUCUUUGAUAUUAACUGAAACAACCACCACCACCACAACAACAACAACAACAACAGAAGCAUCAUCGGAUACCAAAAAGAAUAAUGAUAAUGAAUUGAAUUUAAUUUUUGAUAAAAUUGGACAAGUUUUCGACAGAUCAUACAUUACAAUUAAUUCAUUGAUUGGGGAGUUGGAAACAAAAUUUUCUGAACCACUUGGAGAAAUAGUUCAAUAUACCAGUAUUUUACAUUAUGUUGCCAAAUAUCAAUCUAAGAAAAUAAAGCAGAAAUCAAUGUUGGAUAAUGAAAUUAAGGAUAAACGGAAAACUUUGGAAGAAUUAUUGAAAAUAGAAAAGGAAUCCAACAGAAUUGAAAAUGCUAUAAAUUCCCAAGUCAAACCUAAAAAUGGUAAAUAUAAUCUUGAACAACAGCAACAACAACAGUCAGGAGUACCAUCAGCACCACCCGCAUCAUCCUCCUCAUCCUCCUCCUCAUCAUCAAAAUUUAAAUUCCCAAGUUUUAAGAAAAUCACUCAAUAUGUUAGUGAAAUUAUAGAUCAAAAUCCUGAAGUUACCAGAAAGCAAAAAAUCGUUAAUUUACAAGAGAAAAUUCAAAUUCUAGAGAAAUGUCAGAAUAUAAUGUUGGCAGAUUUGUCAUUUAUAACUGAUGAAGUCAAUAAAAAUAUUCAAUCUUUCCAAAAGAGACAAUUGAAUAUGAUUUAUAAAAUCUUGUUGCUUUAUAAUAAACAACUUAUUGGUUGGGCAAAGAAAAAUAUAGAUAUUUGGGAAGAAGUUCGAGAUGAAAUUGUCAAGAUGUAA